UAACUGGACUGGGCUCUGAUCAAUGAACUGAGCCAUGUUCAAAUCCCUGUUAUGUUGAUGCCAGAUGAUUUCAAAGCAUAUUCAAAGAUAAAGGUGGACAAUCACCUUUUCAACAAAGAAAACAUGCCAAGUCAUUUCAAAUUUAAGGAAUAUUGUCCAAUGGUUUUCCGUAAUCUAAGAGAGAGGUUUGGAAUUGAUGAUCAAGAUUUUCAGAAUUCAUUGACAAGAAGUGCUCCCCUUGCCAAUGAUUCCCAAGCACGAAGUGGUGCCCGCUUUCAUACGUCUUACGACAAAAGAUAUAUCAUCAAAACUAUAACAAGUGAAGAUGUAGCAGAGAUGCACAACAUACUGAAGAAAUACCACCAGUUUAUUGUGGAGUGUCAUGGAAAUACACUUCUUCCCCAGUUUUUGGGCAUGUACCGGCUUACUGUUGAUGGAGUUGAAGUAUAUAUGGUUGUUACAAGAAAUGUGUUCAGCCAUCGUUUAUCUGUUUAUAGAAAAUAUGACUUAAAGGGCUCUACUGUGGCUCGAGAAGCCAGUGACAAAGAAAAGGCCAAAGAGCUGCCGACGUUCAAAGACAAUGAUUUUAUUAAUGAUGGCCAAAAGAUUCAUAUUGAUGAAAAUAACAAAAAGAUGUUCCUUGAGAAACUCAAAAAGGAUGUUGAGUUUCUUGCUCAGUUAAAACUCAUGGACUACAGCUUGCUGGUUGGGAUUCAUGAUGUUGAAAGAGCUGAACAGGAAGAAGUAGAGUGUGAAGAGAAUGAUGGAGAAGAGGAAGGUGAAAGUGAUGGGACCCACCCCAUUGGAACCCCUCCAGACAGUCCGGGAAACACGCUGAACAGCUCGCUGCCCUUGGCUCCGGGGGAAUUUGAUCCAGCUAUCGAUGUUUAUGGAAUAAAAUGCCAUGAAAAUGCGCCUAGGAAGGAAAUAUACUUUAUGGCCAUUAUUGACAUUCUUACUCAUUAUGAUGCAAAAAAGAAAGCAGCCCAUGCUGCAAAAACGGUAAAGCAUGGGGCUGGUGCAGAAAUUUCAACUGUUAAUCCCGAACAGUAUUCAAAGCGCUUCUUGGACUUUAUUGCCAACAUCUUGACGUAACCUACCAUGUUCCAUAGGACAGACACGAGACCUGGGGACAGCAGCAGUGGCUACAAGUGUAGGGGAAAAAGGAACUCAGAGAAGCGCUCAUCUUGCAGAAAGCAACCCCUUUGUUUACAUCUGCUGGCAAAGAUGACUGAAGUGGGGUGGAGUACUCGCUUUAACAGCUGCCUGAUAUUCCCAGCAUAGUUCUAGCUAUUUCUGACUCUUUUACGUGUGCAAAAAAAAAAAAAAAAAAAAAAUUUAAAAUAAAUUAAAUAAAUAGAACAGCUUACUCAGAGUGCACUGUGACAGUAAUGCUCUGAUGCUACCAGCUGAAAUGGAAUAAACGAGCAAAGAGGUGUGGGGUGGGGGUGGGGAAGAGUAAAUGCAUGUUAAAUCUACAAUAUCGAUAUCAAAUUGUAAACUGUGGAUCAGUUUAUUUUUUGAACUAAAAAAGAUACAUGACAGUAUUCUUCAUGAUGAUGGUGGUGAUGAUAAUAAUAAAAACCUUACUGCGAAUGUUACACUUACACCCUGCACACUGGCACUCCUUAAAAAAACAGCUGCAACAGCCCUUGGUGCCGGAGGUUUUUCCCAUUCGGUUUCCAGCAGUUGGGGUUUUUUUCCUUUUUUUUUUUUUUCCUCCCUCUCCCAUUUUUGUCUUCUUUUCAGCACAUUGUGUCAGGAAGUUCAGCCUCUCAGACAUCUGAGAGCCGGCGUCUCUUAUCUUACAAAGAGCUAACAUAAUUCAUGCUAUGUGUACAUUUUUGCUACAGUAAACUUACGUUAAGGGAAAA